UGGGUUUAGGUAGCUGGUCACAACAAAGCAAAAUUUAGACAAUAAGCGUUGAGACUUUCCUUUUAGCUGCGAGUUUCACAGCUCCGCCAUCCCCUGAGCAACCUCCCACUGGAGGACGCCUGCCGAAGCGCAUGUGUUUACACUUUUUCUACACCAGGCGGAGGACCCAAGCGCUCGCUGACCCCGGGGGAUUCCAAACCGUUACUCCGCCCGCCGGGGUGGGGCCAGCGCAACGGCCGAGGCUGCGCAGCCGGCCGGCUCCGGGGCCCUCGCGCACUACAAGUCCCAGAAGGCCGCUCUCCGCGGGGGCGGGCAGUCGGUUUAUCCGCCUCACGCUCAUUUUUACCACUGCUCACCCCUUCCCCAGUCCUCCUGGUGUCCUUUCCACAGUUAAAGGCUACUUUCUCUUGAAGCACAUGAGGAGAAGCCUUAGCAACCUCGAUACCGAAGUUCUUCGCGCGCUCGCUCUUUCUGCCUCUGCUCGAACUAUGCCUGACUUCCUCACAGGAGUUGGGUAGUGCAGGCGAGAGAAGGAAGUCUUUGCAGGCCAAAACUAGGACAACCUGCUCGGACUUCCGCCUCCCGGCCUCCGGAAGGCAGUGCGCACGCGCUCGCUGCGACUCCGGCGCGGUUGACUUCCGCUCCCACUGUGCUCUGCGAGCCGAAUCAUGGAUCACACUGACAAUGAGUUACAAGGCACUAAUAGUUCUGGAUCCUUGGGUGGCCUUGAUGUUCGCAGACGAAUUCCUAUAAAGCUCAUCUCCAAACAAGCAAACAAAGCAAAACCUGCACCGCGAACUCAAAGGACUAUAAACAGGAUGCCUGCAAAGGCUCCACCUGGUGAUGAAGAAGGAUUUGAUUAUAAUGAAGAAGAACGGUAUGACUGUAAAGGUGGUGAGCUGUUUGGAAAUCAGCGAAGGUUUCCUGGACACCUUUUUUGGGACUUUCAGAUAAACAUCUUAGGUGAAAAGGAUGAUACACCAGUUCAUUUCUGUGACAAGUGUGGAUUGCCUAUUAAAAUCUAUGGGCGAAUGAUUCCAUGCAAGCAUGUUUUUUGCUAUGACUGUGCUAUUUUACAUGAAAAAAAGGGAGAUAAGAUGUGUCCAGGCUGUAGUGAUCCUGUGCAGCGAAUUGAGCAGUGUACACGAGGUUCUCUCUUCAUGUGUAGCAUUGUUCAAGGGUGCAAGAGAACGUAUUUGUCUCAGAGAGACUUACAGGCUCAUAUCAACCAUCGCCAUAUGAGAGCUGGAAAACCUGUUACCCGUGCUUCACUUGAAAAUGUUCAUCCUCCUAUUGCCCCACCACCAACUGAAAUCCCUGAGCGUUUUAUAAUGCCACCAGACAAGCACCAUAUGAGCCAUAUUCCGCCAAAGCAGCACAUCAUGAUGCCACCACCUCCUUUGCAACAUGUGCCGCAUGAGCACUAUAAUCAGCCACAUGAGGAUAUUCGUGCUCCUCCAGCAGAAUUGUCCAUGGCUCCACCUCCACCUCGAUCGGUCAGUCAGGAAACCUUUCGUAUUUCAACAAGAAAACACAGCAAUUUAAUAACCGUCCCUAUUCAGGAUGACUCAAAUUCAGGUGCUAGAGAACCACCACCUCCUGCCCCAGCACCUGCUCACCAUCAUCCUGAAUAUCAGGGUCAACCAGUGGUAUCGCACCCUCAUCAUAUUAUGCCUCCACAGCAACAUUAUGCACCACCCCCACCUCCUCCACCACCAAUAAGCCAUCCAAUGCCACAUCCUCCCCAGGCUGCAGGUACUCCUCACUUGGUAUAUAGCCAAGCUCCACCUCCACCAAUGACCUCUGCUCCACCACCAAUAACCCCUCCCCCUGGACAUAUUAUUGCCCAGAUGCCACCUUAUAUGAAUCAUCCUCCUCCAGGACCUCCCCCACCUCAACAUGGUGGUCCACCUGUAACUGCACCCCCUCCUCACCAUUAUAAUCCUAACUCAUUACCCCAGUUCACUGAAGAUCAAGGAACUCUGAGCCCUCCAUUUACACAACCAGGGGGAAUGAGCCCUGGUAUAUGGCCUGCACCAAGAGGGCCACCUCCUCCUCCACGAUUGCAGGGUCCGCCUUCUCAAACCCCACUUCCUGGACCACAUCAUCCAGAUCAGACGAGAUAUAGACCGUAUUACCAAUGAUAAUAGUAUUUUGAACUGAAGAUAUGAGGAGGAAAAAAACUAUGUAUAGUCAAUCUUUUAAUUAAGCUUUGACUGUUUUGGGAAGGAAGAGUACCUCUUACCGAGGUAGUAUAAAACACAUAGGGUCUUGUUUCUUAAAAUGGUUUUAAAUCUUGACCUUAAGAUUGAUUUCAAGUACCAUACUGUAGUACAGAUAAGUGGCUCAGUUGAGCACAGCUAUAUUUUAACAUCUUUAUUCCCCUAGUUUAGUAAAUUGACCCAGAGGUGACCAUUUGUAAAAAAUUUGAAAAAAUUUUUCAUUGUUUUACUUCAAAAGUAUUGUUUUGUUAAACCCAACGUUCAGUUUUUCUUGUGAUACAUUUUGUUAACCUGUGUAAAAGGAUUAAAUUUCAAUAAGAUUGUAAAAAUGCUAUUUUUAUGUGAAUUUAAGUGCAGCCACAUACUGUUUUUUAAACCAUAUGUUUUACCACUAAUUUCCCAAAGUUAUAAUAAAAUCCUAAAAGCAAAAAUCUAGAAUUUGCUGUAAGGCAGACUGUUAAAUGAUAAGAGAGUUAUUUCACAUUUUAGGCACUGAAAUGUUGAGGUUUCGAGGUAUAGUAAGUAUACAAUGCACUUCACUUGGAUGCCUUUUCAUUUUUAGGCAGCCUCAGGAGCACCAAAAUACAUUGGAAUUCUAGUACUAAGAUAUAUUUGUUUGUAAUGUUAAAAGGCAUUACUAAUUAUUUGGAAAGAGAUGGCCAAAGUAAUCAACUCUACAGGCUUCAAGCUGGUGGGGAAUGCUGUUACUCAUUAAUGCUUUUUUACUGAAUGGUCGGAAUCACAUAUGCACCACACAUACUGAUCUUAAGUAACAUUAUUUUAUAGAACUGUUUAAAUGGUGUUAUUUAGAUGAAAUGUGUUCUGUUCAUUGUCUUAAACUGAAUAGGGCUGAAUAGGCUUUAUGUAAUUCUUCAUUUCAUGGUAGAGUUUGAUGCUGUGUUUAAGUGGGUUCUUGUUUAUAGGAUUUUCAACUGCAGUUUGAAUGCCAUGGAGGAAUUUGAAUAAUGUAUUAAUGAAGGACAUAUUCUUGUAAUCACAAAUUUGCAUUUGCUCAGGUUUCAUUGCUGUGUGAUAGAAUUUUUCCUCUAACUUGAAAUUUAAAAACUUUUAUUUCCUAUUCCUUUUGUUGGUAAAGCAGUCUGAAUUUGGAACAUUUUAGCAUGGAGUCAACAGUGAAGACUACCAGAUAAUUUUGUAUUGGAGAAGAGGAAAGUAACAGCUAAAUUGUGGAUUUCAGUGCUUUACAUGGUGCCUUUAGAGUCAGCUUUUACAUUAUAGGGGCUUGUUAUAGUUCAGCUAAAAUGACCACUUAACAGUUUAUACAGAACUCGUGUAUAAAUCAGCGUUCUUAGGAUAUUAUUUAUAUCCUUUGAAUAAAUCCCUGUGAAGUUUUUCCUCCCCACUAAAAUGGUGCAUAAUAAAACAUGAAAUGUGUAGUAUGCAGAUAUCAUUUAUUAGAUAGUUUGUAGUAUAUACAUGUAGAACAUACUUCUUUUGACAAAGGGUGAACUGAUUGCUAAUUUACCAUUUUAUUCUGUCAGGUACAGGUGAAACAAAUUCUCAUCUUGAAUGAUCAGAUGCAAAAUCAUUUCUGAACCCUAGGAGCAGAAGUUAGAAAUAACAAAAUGGCCAUUUCAACCUUGACUGGCCAAAAAUAACUAAUAAACUUUUUUGUUUUAAGUCAGGCAAGUGAUUUUCUACACUUCACAGUUUGAAAGUCCAGUGUUAAUGCAAUAUUUCUAGUGAGAAAUGCUUGUUAUUAAAAGCAUGGGAGUGAAAUAGUGUGAAAUGUUGGUGGUGAGUGCUUCUAUCAUAUUACUGUAGGUACUUGGACUGGUGCAAACUUGAUUCCUUUUCAUGCCCUUGUUUAGGAGCUAUUAAAAUGUUACUGUUAAAAAUCCAAACCAUUUCUUUGUUCCAUGUAAUAAGAAAAUAGCCAAAAUCACUUUAGAGCUUCUCAGCUAUUUAUGAAGAGCUGUCCUGCUUUUAUUGAAAGUCACUAGAGUUGAAUGUGGUAAGCAACCACUUAGCCUAUGUAUUGGACGAGAAAAAUCAGUGUCAUAAAAUUUUGAAUUAAGAGAACUCUUGUAGAGUUUUAAAAAAAUGAUUUAUUUUCAAUUAGGUUUAAGAAAUCUAUGUUAUGCAGGGAGGCAUAUCAGAUGAAUGUUGUAGUAGACAAAAGUUUUAAAUUGUGUUAGACUUGAAUUCAUCAAUUGUUUGAGGGUGGGUGGGUAGAAGGAUAACAAAAUUACUGUUAGUGCUUCUUUCCUUACGGAAAAAGAUGUGAAUCCCAGCCUUAUUUCAGGGAAGCCUUUGAAGCUAUGAUGGACAUAAGUCUAAAUUAAAUGUAUGUAUGUUUCAUUAUAUUGCUCUUAAGACUACUGAGGUGGCAGUUUAAUUCUUAAAAACAAUAAAAUGGAAGCAUAAAUACUA